AUGGCUGAAGCUUGGACCUCUCCCAUCUCACCAGCGGAUCCGAUGUUCUAUCUAUAUCAGAGAUUGCGCAGUGCAAAAUUUUGUUGCAAAUCCUUGAAUAGAUCAUCUUUCAGCAAUAUUCAAAACCGAACGAAGGAAGCUUUCCAACAUCUAGAAGAAAUUCAGAGAAGGGUUCUAACUACUCAAAACCAAGCAGUCUUUGAGGAAGAGAAUGCAGCUAGGUUGCUGUGGAUACGACUAGCUGCUGCAGAAGAAUCCUUUUUCCACCAGAAGUCCAGAGUCAGGUGGUUAAAGGAAGGGGAUUCGAAUACGGGUUAUUUCCAUAAGGCGGUCACAGCAAACUUAGCGAGAAAUGUGAUCCAUUACUUGAGGAAUGAGGAAGAUGUCAAGGUGUCGGAUUCUUCACUGCUUAAGAGUAUGGUCUCGGGUUUUAUAUGA